UUCCUAGGUUGUGACGUCAUAUGUAUGCGCCUUGAUCGUUUGACCACACUUUCGGUUCAGCAUUCACAGGCCAAGUCUUCCGUAGAUUUAGUAUUAUUUAUAGUUAAAGUUAGGCCUUCGAGGGUAUCAUAAUGGCGUACACGCAGAUAUUAAACAUGCUGCAUCGUAUUUUCGGGCCAAAAGCGACGCAGACGUUCAGGCUAGCUUCAACAAGUCGCGCACACAGGACACAGUCAGUGUUGUCGACCUUCUGCUGCAGGGUCGAAGCUUCUUGUGGUCCUUUUCGUGCUUAUAGGUACUUCCUGCAGCCACGGAGAACUAUUCACGUCGACUCCAGCGUGAGAAAUAAAAGUGAGGAGAGAGAGGUUGGACAGAAGUCUGUGGCCAAGUACCCACGCAGCACCGCCAAGGCGACUGCAAGCAAAGUGAAAGAAGCUGGCAGAGAUUUCUCCUACUUGAUAGUCGUACUCAUCGGGCUCGGAGUGACAGGUGGUCUUCUGUUUGUCGUCUUUCAGGAACUGUUUUCUUCCUCCAGUCCAAAUAAAGUCUACGGGAAAGCGUUUGACAAAGUCCGAUUACACCCAGAGGUCAUCGGCGCAUUCGGAGAACCGCUCAAGUGCUACGGUGAGAUUACCCGCCGAGGAAGACGACAACAUAUCAGUCAUUCAGAGUUCCUGAAGGAGGGAAUAAAGCACAUGCGACUAAAGUUUUACAUUGAAGGAUCAGAGCCAGGUCUUAAAGGCACAGUGCACUCAGAGUCAAAAGAGAAUCCGGAAACAGGAAAAUAUGAGUUCCGGUACAUAUUUGUAGACAUUGACACCUACCCAAGGAGGAACAUAAUUGUGGAAGAUAAUCGAUGAUGAUAAUGGAAACAAAUAAAAUUACUAAUCCACUCAGUGAA